UAGCUCGCUGUCUGUCUGCGCGCGUGGUUUCGAAUGGUUCAGCGUCGUCACUUGUUUACCUAUUAUUUUCAUAACUUUACGUUCUCAAUCGUAAAAAUAACUGAGCCACAAUUACGUUUUACAAUAAGUACAGUUGUGACAUUAGUGCGGAAAACCAACCAUAUAAACAGUUUCGCAAUUCGGGAUUGUUUUGAUUUGAUAUAAAUUUAUCAAAUACCUAUAUCGAACGGAUCGAUAAAUAACCAGCAAUCGAUUUGUGCCGUUCUGCGGUUAAUGAUAAACACUGAAGGACUGUUCAAAAAUGGCACCCCGCAGUAAUGUUUGGCUCUACUUCAUAAAAGAUGAUUUCAAGGUAGAGUGUAAACAGUGCGGAGCUACAAUAAAAACCGCCGGUAACACGAUGAACAUGUGGUACCAUCUGAAGAGACGUCAUCCCCGGGAGUAUGCAGUCGCACAGGGAACCUGGGACGAUCCACUGUCGGCGGUGGAAGAAGUUGUAACGUCCGAGCAGCUUUUAACGGAAGAGCAGUACGAGCAGGAGCUACGGAAGGAAGCUCAGCAAGCUCUCGAUCAGCUGGUGGAAUCCGAAGUUGUUGUUGAAGAAACAGAACAAACUAAGCCAUUUUUUACGCCGAUGCGGAUAAAAACCGUCGCUAAGCGACGACAUCAAAGCCUACCCCAGCACUCGAACCACGUGAAGUCAGCCAGAUUGCAAAAUAAUUCCCACGAUUAUGAAAAUGUAUUGAAUGCUUUGACGAACGUCCAGCAAACGGUGCAAAGUCUGCAGAAGGUUGACAGUUAUCAAGUUUUCGGGAACUUCAUUGCCGAGGAGCUGCGCAAAAUACCCGAGGAAAAACUGGCGAACCAAUUGCAGCGAAAGCUCAUGCGCUUCCUGAUGGACUGCUUAGACGAAGCCGAACAGUCACACGAGAAGUCGGUGCAUAAUAAGAAUGAAUUCUGAUUAUUUUUGUGUCCAAUUUGGCGCACUAGUGUUACGCUUAUGUAAUUAAUCGUUUUAUUUUCUUAUUGGCAUAUCAACGAAAAUAUUGAAUAAAAAUUAUGACUGAAUUUGCGUUUCUCUAAUAAACGAA